GCAGAACAAACAAAUUGCAGAAUCGUGUAGAGAAAUGAGGCAUGAAGUCCACCGUUAAGUGACAAAGACAUGAUGGUUUGAGGGAUAAUGGCAACAGCAGGAGCAUCAGGAGGAUCCACACUGCACAGUGUUACAGAAAACCAGAAGCGAUGGUUGGUCUUUGGAAUUGCACUGAGCAAAGUUCUAGUUUCCCAAAUACGCCCUUUUGUAGAAAUAGAAAUCCAAAGAGAAUAUGGCAACCUUCAAACCAGCCAUGGCAUUCAUACUCAGAGCACAUCAGGGCGUCUUAAGCAUUGGCCAAAGUUCUUAAAGUAUGAGAACAUCAAUGGUAAUGAUAGAAUUCCUAAGCUGCCUCAUGGAAAGUAUGACUUCUCCAAGUUUGAUUGCCGAGUGAUGUCACAUGUUGACUUUGCUAAGUUGUAUGUGGAGAAUCAUAUGGCUAAAUUCAAUGCGUUUGAUGAGUUCUGUGAUGCAUCAGCCAUCCUGGCACUUCUUGGCAGAGUCCCAGUGUUCUCUGUUGAUGUACAAAGUGCAGCAGGUGCUGUAAGAGAGGCUAGGAAUGCCUGGGCGCACUGUGCAUUCUCUGAAUGGGAUCCUGUGAAUUAUCAACAAAACUUUGCUGCUAUGGAACAGCUUGUUAAGAAACUUGGCCUUCCAGGUUCCAGCACAAAGGACCUUUUAACAGAGCUAAAGAAUUGGGAGGGAAAAG